AUGAAGCCGGCUUCUUAUCUUUCAUGUGAUUUUUUUACAUCACACGGUGUGCCGAUGACUAAACCUCUUCGUGACUGGCUGAAUCGCGCCUCGUACCUGUCAAAAACCAGAACAACGGAGGCGGACCGGCGCAAGUACGAGCGUUGGGCCGUUGGGGUUGUGGAGGAUGCCCUGCGCGCGCCGGGCGGCAUCGAAGGGAAGGAUUGGACGCGCGUGUCUCCCGUGAUGCCGGCCAAUGCAGAAGAUAGAGAGCCCACUUUUCUUCGGGAUGGCAAUGUUGCGAGUCGGGAAGGAAAUAGCGUCACACAGCCGGGCGUGGAUCAUCGCACCCUCCUGUUUACAGAGUGUAUGAGGCGCGCGCCAUCGGAACUCCGCUCGUUUGUUGUGCAGGCGAUUAACAUGAUAGAUGUGGAGGUGGCUUCGGGUAGGAGGAGGUAUGAUGCAUUGACGUUCAUGGAGUUGAUUCAGGCAGCUCAAGAGCUUCAGCGUGUGUACCAGACACAGAUGGAGGCUCAGCGCCGCAUGACGUCCCCGUUUUCACAGGUGGUGGUGGCACCUAGCUCCACCGAGUCUGUGCAUCGGAAGCCUUUAGCGCCUGGAAAGGUUUCAAGACCGCAUCCAGAGGGUGAAGAGAGAGAUAUAGAGAGGGAAAGGCCAAGCAAGACACGACGUGGAGAAAUGUACUCUCAGCGAGCGGAUGGAGUGUGGCCCACCUCGGUUGAGUCUGAGCGAACACGUGUCUUUUUCCGUGACCUUGUUUCCUGCAAUAACUCAACACCGUCCUCGCGUCCAUUCAUUGGAAAGUCACAAGAGCUAGAGCGCAUGUACUCGAGAUACGAGCCAACCCCGGUGGAUAUCCGCCCUCGAGACGUCCUUGUGAAGGCUCUGGCAUUUGUGUUGGCAAAGGCAAAAGAUAAAUUGGGGAAUGAGAAUGCGCUGGCCUCGGCGCAGUAUUUGAACGAGCAAUUGAAGGGGUUAAGACAAGAUCUCCGCGUCCAGAAUAUUGUGGACGGAUUUGCCGUCGAUGUGUACGAAAGACAUGCUCUUAUUUGCUUGGAGUUAGGGGAUAUCGGGGAAUUUAAUCAGUGUCAGGCUUCUUUGAAAAAGUUAUAUGAGGGACUUUCGGAUGUCAAAGAAACUUCUAUUUCUGAUUUCUUUUGUUAUCGCCUUGCAUACCUCUCCCUUGGUGGUCAGCACGAUGCUUUGGCAACGGAGUUGAUAAUUUACACAAACACAAUUACAAAAAGCACAAAGACGCCUGAAAAUGCGUCACCACGAGUAAAAAAGACGGAUUUGCGGUGGACGAUUAAGUUGUGCACGGCGUGUGAAGACGGCGACUGUGGCACGAUUUGUCGAGCUCUUAUGGCUCUUCCACGCGGAAUGCAUUUGCUACUGAAAAUAUACCUUCAGAAGUGCCGGCUAAGAUGGCUAAGGGAGGCACUCAACUGCAUACGGGGGAUGGUUUCCAUGCGCCUUGUUAUGGCCUCCAUGGGCUCUACUCCCGUGGAACGUCACAAGGGUGAGGUGGCGCCUGGCGCAGAAGGGGAAGACACCCACUUUUGGUUGGAUGGAUCCUUUGCAGAGGCCGAGGAAGCGCUCAGGCAAUUCUUUGAAAUGAUCAAAUUUCCUCUUCCCCAGAGAUUUUCAUUUGCGGAGGAAAUCCGUCGGGACAUGAAAAAAAGGCAUCCUCAUUGCGGAGAGGAAGCUCUCAAAAUUGAAGAGGAUAUUACUGUGGUUGAUGCUGCGGCGUUGUUCAAGUGUGUUGACGGGUACAUCGCCUUCCUCAGCACAAGAAGUGAUGUUGGUAUUGGUAGCGCUGAAUAA